GUCGUUUAUAUUCUUCUUCUAGUAGGGGCACCGGCAACCCCCAAACCAUUUGUCCCAAUCCCACACACAAACCAUCUUCUCCCUGAUUUGAUUCACCUCCGUCCUCCUCCUCCCAACAAAAAUGGAAUCCAAUACGAACGGCAACUCCGCCGUCUCCAACGCCACCAUCUCCUCAGCCACCGCCACAUCCCUCCCAUCAGUUCAAGGUGCAGUUCCCUCUUCGAAACUCACCCAACUGACGGAGUCCUUAAAACUAGAACAUCAGUUCUUGAGAGUCCCAUUCGAACACUACAAGAAGACGAUCCGCGCCAACCACAGGGCUGUCGAGAAAGAGGUCUCUGCCGUCAUGUCCACUCUCUCAGAUUCCGGUGAUCUCUCCCAAGACGAUGCCGUUAAGCAUCUCAAUUCGCUCGUUUCUAGAUUACAAGGUCUCAAGCGGAAGUUGGAAGAUGGGAGUAGGGCUGAGCAUCUCCAAGCGCAACGGUGUAAGGCCCGACUUGAUCAUCUAGAAUCCGCCGGCGCCGACAAUAUAUCAGAGUGGAAUAACACGCGGUUGAAGCGUAUACUGGUAGACUACAUGUUGCGAAUGUCAUACUAUACCACUGCCACACAGCUUGCUGAAAGCAGUCACAUACAGGAUCUUGUUGAUAUUGAAAUCUUUUAUGAAGCCAAAAGAGUGAUGGAUGCUCUAAGAAACAAGGAGGUAGCUCCUGCUCUAGCCUGGUGUGCUGAUAACAAGUCUAGGUUAAAAAAGUCUAAGAGCAAAUUCGAGUUUCAAUUGAGGCUUCAGGAGUUUAUUGAAUUGGUGCGCAAUGAAAAGAAUCUCCAGGCAGUUACAUAUUCCCGAAAACACCUUUCACCAUGGGCAGCUUCUUAUAUGAAAGAGUUUCAGAAAGUUUUUGCCACAUUGGCUUUUACUUGUAAUACUGGAUGUGAGACAUACAAGGUUUUAUUUGAUGCAAAGCAAUGGGAUUUCUUAAUGGAACAAUUCAAACAGGAGUUUUGUAGGUUAUAUGGGAUGACUCUUGAGCCUUUGUUGAAUAUCUAUCUCCAAGCAGGCUUAUCAGCUCUGAAAACUCCAUUCUGUUAUGAGGAUGAUUGUCCAAAAGAGGAUCCUCUGUCUCAAGAAAGCUUCCGGAAGCUUGCGAUGCCAUUGCCUUACUCAAAGCAGCAUCAUUCAAAACUUGUCUGCUACAUAACAAAAGAGCUGAUGGAUACAGAGAAUCCACCACUUGUUUUACCCAAUGGAUAUGUUUACAGCACUAAGGCUCUUGAAGAAAUGGCACGUAAUAAUAAUGGAACAAUUACUUGCCCAAGAACAAGAGAUGUUUUCAGCUACAGUCAAGUGACAAAAGCAUUUAUUUCAUAAUACCAAUGUAGCCACUACUACAUACUUACUCAUAUAAAUAUAUAAUAUGCUAAUCAUGUGUUUGUUUCUUUGUUUCUUUGUCUGUCGUAAUUGUUGUUUGUACCUAAAACCAAAAACAUGUCUUGUUGGAAAACAUUUAUUUUCAUGUCCAAAAAUGUACAGUUCGUGGAAAAAUAUAUCCUUUCAGUUUCGUUCA